UGUUGCGCGUCUCCCGUUCCAAAUAACUGCCCGGUCAGGUCUGGUCUGGUUGGUGUGACUACUUUGUAAUUAGGUAUUCAAUCAACUGUUCAAUCAAUCAAUCGGGUAAUCGGGUCCCAAUUGAUCAAUUAAUCAGUCCUAUUUCCGUAUCCUGCCUGUCGUAUCCCGUUCGCAGACCUCUCUGCCGGAUACUACCUACAUACACUACCUACCUAGGUAGCUACCUGAGGUACCUAUAUCUUUCUACCUACCUUACCGAAUCUCGUCAUUAUUGUGCUGCCAUCUUGUAUAUUGUUUGUCUUGCAAUCUAACCCUUCUGUUUGCCAACCCAAUAAAAGUCAUGUCCACAGCAUCUCGCCUUAGUACACCUGCGGCUGCCGUACAUGCACCUUACAUGUAGGUAGCCAAGGUUGUUUGCUAGAGCAGCUCCAAUAGCAGGACCUAUCUCCAGGCCCUUCUUUUCCAUGCGACCUGGGAGCAUCACCAUAUAGAUCUGCACCCUCCCGUUCUGUGCGAAGCUACCUACCUACCUUCCUACUUUACCUAUCCAACUCAGCAAGUUGUUGAUCCUGCCAACGGGUCGUCACACCUGCAAAAGCACUGUCGUUACUGCUUCUUUCAUUUUAGCACUCUACACUCACCAAUAUAAGUCGGCACUAUAUUUGGAGUCCCGCCAACCCCUAGUCUGGACAUUUUUGCCCACGUCUCUCGCUAGAAAUAUUCUGCAACUACUCGUUGGUCAGGUUUUCCGCAUCAUUUUCCUGGAUCAUCAAGCAAUACUCAAGUCUUUAUCCAAUCUUGAGUUUUGGGAAGUUUUUCUUUUUUGGUUAGAAAUCUGUUUUGAAGAUUCUGUUUUCAUGCAACAAGCAGACAUUCUUGGUCCUUGGUCGUUGUCUUAUAGCGGCGUGUACAUUGUCCCUGAGUAUCUACUUGCGCGUCGAGAGGCUAAGUCGAAUCUCCGAAAGGAUGAAGGGCUUCCUGGGAGCCGCAGUGAUGGCCGGCUGGGCAACAAUCGCUGGUGCGCUGCCGACCAUCACUGCGCAUGGCAACAAAUUCUUCACGAGCGAGGGAAAACAGUUCAUCAUGAAAGGCAUUGCUUAUCAACUAGUCGAGGACGACCCCUUGGUUGAUACAGAACAGUGUCGCAGGGACGCGCAACUAAUGGCAACACUCGGCGCCAACGUCAUCCGCGUUUAUCAUGUCGACCCUCUCGCGGAUCACACUGGUUGUAUGGCCGAGUUUGCCAACGUGGGCAUUUACACCCUCAUUGAUCUGGAUACUUUCACUACUUACAUUCUGCCUAACGAACUUCGCUGGACCCAGGCGAUGCACGAUGCAUACGCCGCAGUCAUGGAUGCUUUCUCGAGCUUUGACAACUCGCUGGGCUUCUUCGUCGGCAACGAAAUCAUCUCUACCAGCGGCCACUCUCAGGCUGCACCGUUUAUCAAGGCUGCCGCCAGAGACAUGAAGGCUUAUCGUGACUCGAAAGGAUAUCGCAAGUUCCCUGUAGGCUAUUCAGCGGCAGACAUCGCGGAGCUGAGGCCUAUGCUACAGAACUAUCUCACAUGCGGGGGCGACGAGUCGCAAAAUGUCGACUUUUUUGCUCUCAAUUCAUACUCUUGGUGUGACGUCGCCAACUACAACACAUCGGGAUACGUCGCUUUGCAGGAGCAGGCCAAGAACUUCCCCGUACCAAUCUUCUUUUCCGAGACUGGAUGCAAUGUCCCAGGGCCGCGCCUCUUUGAAGACCAGGCGGCAAUCUUUGGCCCAGACAUGAUCAACGACUGGAGCGGCUCUUUGAUAUAUGAAUGGAUCGAGGAGGCAAACCACUAUGGCCUCAUCAGCUAUGGUCCGCCCGUGGACCCGAUGAUUGUCAAUGAAAGCGUCAAGGGUGGCUUCGUGCGCAAGGGCCAGCCGACCCCAGUUGCACCCGACUUUGAGAACCUAAAAGCACAAUGGGCCAAGGUGACAGCAGCGGGCAUUAUGAGAGCGGACUAUACGCCCACAGCGAUCUCGACGAGGGAGUGCCCGACUGCGACGCCGGGUGGCUGGCUUGUGAACGGAAACGUGGCGCUGCCGGCAGUCGGGGAUACCUUUACUGGCGGCUUCCAACCUGCACCGAGGACCACGCCCACUGGCUCCGGGUUGGGCACUCGUGCUGAGGCGCCGGCGCCAUCUGGCUCUAAGGACGCGGAAGGCUCCGCAAGUUCUGAACGCGAAAUCAUGGGCAUGGGGUACGCUCUUGUCGCCGUUAUGCUUGCUUUUGUCAUAUUCGCUUAAUAACAAAAGGGCAUCCGACGGGAUUCGUCAUAUGCUGUUUUGCCAUAAUGCCCCUGGUGCCUGAUUUUUGUAUUUGCUUUCUGUCUUUAAUUAUCUCAGGGGCGAUUUUCUUGCUUUGUUUUGGCUUGGAUUGCAUCGAACUGCGCGUGGUCAUGAGAUGUAAGAAUCUUCACACCACGGAAUUGGCGUAUGGCGACACUGGAUGGGAUGGAACUGGGAUGGAACUGCAGCAGACUAUAUGGGACGAACAGGACAUACGUUGAUGGAACUUAAUCAUUUCCAAAAUACAACAGAGUUUGAUACUUGGCUCAGGAGAGGUCACGGGCACUUUAGGGCUCAAUAUCCAUUGUGUAACGACAGGUUUCGGUGACUGACAACUUUGUUAGGGCAUUUCUAUUUCUACUUUUUUUUUUUUUUUUUUUUUUUUUUUCGCAGGCACAAGUUACGUA